AUGGAGAGCGGCGCAGCUAGGGCUUUGGGAGAUCGGGACGAGACGAUGACGGAUCCCACGGAGAAGGGGAGGCCACCAGGGGAUCCGCCGGACGGGAAUGGAGAGGAUGGUGAACCAGUAAUCACUAUUGGAAGGGAGGUGUUGGAUGCGAUGAACAGUUUGUGGAAGCAGUGUAUGAUUGUGAAGGUGUUGGGAAGGAGUAAUCCUAUUGCGGUUCUCCACAAGAAGCUGAGAGAGAUGUGGAACCCCAUUGGAACGAUGCAGGUAUUGGAUCUUCCGAGACAAUUCUUUAUGGUCCGCUUUGGAGAGGAGGGAGACUACUUGCAGACGCUGACGGGAGGCCCGUGGAGAAUGUUUGGUAGUUACCUUAUGGUGCAAGCAUGGUCCCCGGAGUUUGAUCUGAUGGUGAAUGAAAUCACCACGACCCCUGUUUGGGUUCGCAUGUCAAAUCUCCCGAUCAACUUUUACCAUAAGACCAUUCUAAUGGGGAUAGCCAAAGGGAUUGGCAAACCGCUAAGGGUGGAUGCAACUACGUUGAAUUUGGAGAGAGCCCGCUUUGCAAGGGUGUGCGUGGAAGUUAAUUUACGGAAACCGCUUAAAGGGUCGGUAUUGAUCAAUGGAGAUAGGUAUUUCGUUUCCUACGAGAGAUUGCCUGAUAUCUGCUCUCGGUGUGGCAUUUAUGGCCAUCUGGUUCACAAGUGCCCGUUAGGGGAACCACAUCGAGCUGAGGAGAUACGCAGGGAAAAUGCGGUUGUGACUAGUCCGGUGAGAGAAACGGCCGAUGAUGGUUUUACCCCAGUGCGCAGGCAGAAUAGGCGACCGUCGGAACCAGUCGUGUUCCGGGCAGGGAACUCCGGAGAGAAUCUUGGGCGUAAUUUGCGGGAUAUUACGAGCAAGUGGAGAUAA